AUGGACAUUUUAACUUCGAAACUUCAAUUAUUAACGCUUGCUGCUGAUAUGGAUUCUUUAAAAGGGCAUGUUAUUGAAGGAAUUGGUGAUAUGCUUACGAAAUUACCCUUGGACACGAUAGUGGAAAAGAACAAAGUUGGCGAAGUUGAUAUUCAAACCAGAUACUAUGAGCCGUUGCUAUCACCGAUCUUAGCGGACAACACGAAGAAAGUCAUUUUGAGAUGGCCAAACAAGAUGGAUGAAGUAACACCUGAAAUACGAGUAGAUGCAAUCAUAUCAACAUUGAUCCAAUCGAGAUUUGGAAGACAUAUUGGGUAUGGCGAGGUAAAACCUGGGGAUGAUAGUACCACCACACAAUCGCUUUGUAUAGACACUUUGAAAUUGGCCGUUUUAUCAAGGAACAAUUGUUUAAACAAAGGACAUCCUACCAUUUCAUUUCAAAGAAUUCACAAGCGCUUUUAUACCAUGACUGAGAUUGGUCGUGUCAAAGUUCCAGACUCUUUAUCAUCAAUUGAAUCAUUUGCUACUAUGAAAAACCUCCAAACAUUGUUCUCAUCAAGCCCUGAUAUUGUUGCUUUAUUUAGUAUGGCUAACAACUUAAGCUCCAAAUUUCGAGAUUGCCCCAUUCAAUAUAAUUAA